GGCGGAGCCCAGUCCUCCGGCGGCGGAACCACCAUUGGUCCGGCGCAGCCGGUCCAGGCCAGAGGCUGGAAAGCGCAGGGAAGGAGCUGAGCCGGGACCCCGCGCGCGCUGAUCGCCCUCAGUCUGGUGAAGCCAGCCUUAAUGUGAUGGAAACACCCUUGGUGUCCAAAUGACACAGGUUUCAGACUCAGCUCUGUUAAUUUUACUGUGAUCUUGGACGGAGUUCACAAUGACAACAAUAACAGUGACCACAGAAGUUCCCCCAAGGGGUAAGACAGAAGAUAAUUCUGCCUUGUAUGAGUCCCCAUCAGCUCACAUUAUUGAAGAAACCGAAUAUGUGAGAACGAUUCGAACUACUCUGGAAAAGAUCCGAAAUCAAAUGUUUAAGGAUGAAACAGGACAUAACAGUACAAAGCACAAACUAGAUGCAAAGCGCUGUGGAAACAUUCAAAACGGCUCUGACUCUGAAAUGGACUCCUCUCGUUGCAGCCUGGAUCUGCUCAUGGAAAGGGUGAAAGGAAAAGACCUUCAGCUCUUAGAAAUGAACAAAGAGAAUGAAGUAUUGAAAGUCAAGCUGGAAGCCUCCAGAGAAGCAGGGGCAGCGGCCCUGAGAAACAUGGCCCAGAGAAUAUUUGAAAUCUAUCAAACAGAGUCUGAAGAAGUCAGAAAGAAGCAUGAGGACAGCAGACACUUGCUCCAGGUUAACAAACUUGAAAAAGAACAGAAAUUGAAACAACAAGUUGAAAAUCUGAAUCAAGUUGCUGAAAAGCUGGAAGAAAAACAUAAUCAAAUCACAGCUUUGGAGAACCUUGUGCAGAGAAUGGAAAAGGAAAAGAGAACACUGCUAGAAAGAAAACUGUCUUUGGAAAGCAAGCUGCUGCAACUCAAAUCCAAUGCUACAAAUGCGAAAAGUUGCCAGGGUCUUCAAAUGGAAAUUUCCCUUCUCCAGGAGCAGAUCUCUCAUCUGCAGUUCGUGAUUCUCUCCCAGCAUCAGAAUCUGCGCAGUGUCAUCCAGGAGAUAGAAGGACUGAAAAAUAAUUUAAAAGAACAAGAUAAAAGAAUUGAAAAUCUGAGAGAAAAAGUUAACACACUUGAAGCUCAGAAUAAAGAGCUGAAAACCAAGGUGGCACUUUGGUCAGAAACUCCUAGGACAAUGGUAUCCAAGGCCAUCUCUACAAGUGAAUUGAGGACUGAAGGCACCACCCCCUAUGUGAUGUUGAUUAGGCUGAGGAAAUGAACUGGCUGGAUGAAGAUCUGAAUGAGAAUGGUCACUGUGGGUCUUAUUUAUUCCUUGAAACACAGUCGAAAUUUGCAUGUGAAAAGGGCUCAGUGCCAGUAUUAGGUGCAAUUGUUUAUACAUCAGCAGCUGUGCAAGAAGAGGACGUUCCAGAAAAAUCAAACAGAUAUGCAUUUGAUGGAGAAAACUCUUUCUUUAAAAUGCACUAAAUGAGUGAGGAGACCAGGUACUUUCCCAUGAUGGAACGUGAAUUCCGCUUUAAAGUUAAAAAAGAAAGCUGAAUUUCUUUCUCAGACUUUUGCUGAAAGGAAUGGUUUGAAGUUGUCAACUUCGAGCUUUGAUAGUGGUUUUUAUGUAUAUAAAUAAGGAAGAGUGCAUAUGUGUAUGAAUAAAUGUUACAUUUUAAAUUUGAGUUUUGGACAAUAAACACCAGGAGGUAAGUUCACCUUCUGACCUAUUGUGAGUGGGACAGUUAUUCUCUACUGAAUUAUGUCAGAAAAUUCGACUUAGCUAAGUCUCCAACCCACCCAUCCUUCCAAACGCUGAGAAUCAUGGCUGCCUCGCCACACCUUAGGGAGCCACUGUUCUUCACUUGGGAUUGAAAAUUGAUUGCUAAAGGCAACCCAUACAUAAGUACAAAAAUGCACUUUGAGACUCUAAUUUUCUUUUCACUAUUUACUGUAUUAUCUGAGGAAAAUAUUGGGGGAAAGUGGGAAGACUAGAACACAAUGCCAUUAGCUCAUACCUCCAUAAAAUGUAUAUGUUAUGGGUUCAAAGGAACAGUGGUUGCUACCUGCAACCAGAAAGAAUCUGAAUUCAUGAAUUAGAAUUUUAUGUCUAAUGCUUUUGUGAAAAUGUGCUUAUACUUUGAUACAUAUGUUCAUUACAGGUGGUUUGUGAUUGCUAUGAGUAAAACCAUACUCUAACUUAUAGAAAUUCAAACCUGCUGACACUCAGGAAAGUAGAAGGCAUGUCGACUAAAGGAAUAACAGGAGACCUUACUCACCCAAAAGGUCGAAUUAAUUUAAGCCUUUCGAUUAUCACCUCUGGUGUAUAACUACAUUUUCUCAGGAAAGACGCUUCAAACCUUUCAGUGUGGAAUGUGAAAUAUCAGUAUUAUCUGUGAACUAUUUAAAGAUAUGUACAAAUGAGAUGAAGUAAUGUAUUUAUAAAUUUGUCAAAGUACUGUAAUCCUUGGAAUGUUACAUGACUGUUAUGUGUGUUUCAUACUUCAUAUUUUUAUUGCUUGGUAGUUUUUAAGUUAUAGCUGUCUAAUAAACAUUUAGGGCACAGUUAACCUAUGCUAGGAACAAUUCUCAGCACUUUACCUGUAUUGUUCUAAUCCUCCUAACAACCUUUAGAAGCAGGUGAUAUAUUGUCCACAUUUUGUAGGGGAGGAUAUUGUGAGUGGUUGAGUAAUUUUCCCCACAGCUAACUAUGGAUGAAGGAUUCCAACCUUUUUGUCUUCGCUAUCGAUAUUCCUUCUACCUGCCUACUUCAUAGUCCGAGGUAUUUCCCAGCAAUAGAAAUGCUUUUUUUUUUUUUUUGCUACUUUAACAAACAGCUUCUUUGUUGCCUCUCUGUAUUAUCAGGUGGAUGACAGUCAGAAGCAACACUUACUAAUACAGUAAAUAUUUUGCUGAGAUGAGCAGCCUUUCACCUGUUGGACUGCCCUCAUGAGAACUUAGUUCAGAAAAGCUUCCCCGCUAAACAUUUGUUAUUCAUGACUUUAUGCCACAUUGAAGAUUUUUUUGGUGAUAUAUUUUCAGGCACAUUUGUAGAGAAAUUGGGAUUAUGAAUUCUGCUUCAAUUAUUUGCAGUGCGGUAGGAGAAUUCACCUUUUACUUGUAGAUCACUUAGGUUCCUCUCAUACCUCAAUCAUCAUGCUCGAUUGUAAUAAAUAUGUGAGAUUUGGGAAUGAAACCAUCUAACUAAUCUAACAACCUGGAUGGUUUCCAUUAGAAUAAUGUAUUCUAACAUCAAAAAUGGAAAGACACUCUUGGGUUUUAUUUUGGUUUCACUAUACUCAUUUUUGAACAUGGAAGUAUAAUUCAACAUAGUACAGGUAGGACCUGCUUAUGGGGUCUCCAGCUUCACUUGGAAUGGUCUUUGGAUGUCCUCAGAAUAAGAAGAAGCAGUUUCAGAAGCCUAAAAUGAGCUGAACUCUUCAAAUACAAAACUAUCUUGUUAGUGGCAUCAGCGGCUUCAUUUAUUUGUUGUAUAUAGAUUAUUUCCUAUAUCCUUAUUUCAGCUUUUAUCAUUUGAAAUGUUUUUAAAUAAAUAUUUCUGAUGAAUGAUUACAGCAGAGAAAUUUAUUAGUUUAAAAGUAGUACCACACAGAAAAUAUACAAAAAGAAACAGUAGUUCAGGGAUAGUGUAAAUAAUUGUAUUUAUAAUUCUACUAAUCAGUAUAUUGGAUAAGAAGGUCUGAGGCGGGCCUUGCUUACAUGGAGGUGAGAGGUGAAAAGAAACUUAGUUUCACUUUGAAUACAUAUAUUGUUACAAUUUAUCAUUAACACAUGUUUAAACAACUGAUAUAGUAUAUCUUUUGAAUUAGUUGCUUAAAAUAUGCCUUAAAGAAAAUUAUGUCAUAGCUUGUGAAUUUUUUUCUUUUUACAUUAAAAUUAUUAUGCAUAAAUGAAUUAACUAGUUUUUACUUGAUUGUUCAUUACAAUAUAAUUCAUAAUAAGUCAAUUGCUUUUGUCAGUGAACAGAUAUUUAGAUAGCUUCCUGAAUAUUUCUGCUAAUAUUCCCAGGAUCCUAAUUAAUAGCAAAGUAAUCUAUUACAUUUUAAUUCUAAAUUUGAAAAAAUAGUAGCAUUCUAAAAUUAAGAACAUACAGACAUUUCUCAAAAUCUUUCAUGUUUCUUCACUUUGAAAAUUCUUAUCUUUCCUCUGACCUGCAAAUAAUUAUAGCACCCUUAUCAAUAUCAAAGUAGGGACCCAAUCCAUCAAGAACUGAAAAUCCCCUCAACUCAUAUCAUAAUCAUUAUAAUUCCAUUUCUUCCUCCCACCCCCCUCCCUUCCUCCCUUUCUCCCUUCUCUUAUUUUUUGAUGGGAAAUAUUAAGAAUGCAAUAAAGACUUAAAUAAUCAUAUUUAAUUGCUUUGUUACUAUUGGAGUGUAUACUUGUGUUUAAAGUUGUAGUAGAAAUACCGAAAUUGGUAUUUAUUCUAGGCAUGCAAGGUCAGUUUAGA